AUGCGCUCCUCGCAGCUCGCCGGCACCGUCCUCCGCGGCCUGUGGCGGCUGGGCCUGCCCUGCAUCCGCGCGCACGCCGUCGAGGUGCUCGCGACGCCCGCUGAACUCCACGGCGCGAUGGUUGCCGGCGCCACACGAGCCGAGCGCCGUCUUGCGCUCGCUUCGCUCUACAUCGGGUCGGGUGAGCGUGAGCGCGAGCUCGUCGAGGCCAUGGCGGCGGGCGCACGCUCCACACGGCGGCAGACGCACCUCGUGCUUGAUCGGUGGCGGGCGUCGCGCGCGCUCGAGGCGCGCCGGCAGGCGGGCGCUCCGGCCUCCUCGCUCGAGAUCCUCGCGCCGCUGCUCGAUGCGCCGCGAGAGGUGGUUGGAGUGCAGCACAUCAAAGGCGCGGUCUUUGACGACGACGUCCUGCUGACCGGCGCCAACGUCUCGGCCGACUACUUCUCGGCGCGGCAGGACCGCUGCAUACUCCUCCGAGGCUGCGCGCCGCUGGCCGACCUCUUCUCCGAGCUCCUCGUCGCUCUCGCCGCCGCCGCCGGCACCGAUGCGCUUGCGGCCACGAUGUCGAAGGCGAGGCGGUGCGGUUGCUACUGA